GCUCCCAGUUUUCAGCUCUUUGCCCUGCUCUCCCCUCUGGGAGAGCCUUUCGCCAAAGGAGGCAUGUGAGAACAGGCCUCCCUUCCUAGUGCUCGGCCACUCCAUCCGUCCACCUGGCAGAAGAAUGGGGCUGGAGCUCUACCUGGACCUUCUGUCCCAGCCCUGCCGGGCGGUCUACAUCUUUGCCAAGAAGAACCACAUUCCCUUUGAGCUGAAAAAUGUGGAGCUGUUCAAAGAUUCCAUCCUGGGGACCAAGAUGCCUGGAGCAGAGGCAGAAGGGGGGGCAACAGCCCCAUCAGGGUCACAGCCCAAGGAGAGUGCACGGGUGAAGAAAGUCCCUGUCUUGAAGGACGAGACCUUCGUCUUGGCAGAAGGCACGGCCAUCCUUUUGUAUCUGAGUCGCAAGUACAACACCCCAGAUCACUGGUACCCAUCUGACCUGCAGAAACGAGCAAAGGUGGACGAAUACCUGUCGUGGCAUCAGGCUAACAUCAGAUCCAAUGCUCCCAAGACAAUGUGGAUUAAGGUGGGCCUGGGCUGCUCUUUGGUAGGGAUCACCGGUCUCCUCCCUCUGAUGCAGGUGUUGAUCCCACUCUUCACGGGCCAGCCGCUCCCGCCAGAGAAACUGCAGGAGGUGAUGGACGGGCUGACCGCAGCCUUGGAUCAGUUUGAGGGAUUGUUUCUCCAGGACAAGCCCUUCCUGGUGGGCAGCGAAGUCUCUCUUGCGGACCUGGUGGCUAUCGUGGAUCUCAUGCAGCCUGUGGGCGUCGGAUGCGACAUUUUCAAGGAUAGGCCCAGACUGGCCGAAUGGCGUAAAAGGACGGAAGAUGUGAUUGGGAAGGAGCUCUUCCUGCAAGCACAUGAAUUGAUCCUGAACAUUAGUAAACUUAGCGCCAUCCAGAUCAGUCCACAGCUGAAGGAGCAACUGGCCCCCGUUUUGUUAAAGAUGCUGAGAUGAGUAAAAGAAUUUCAAAAGAGAGGCUAGCAUGGCUGGUCACCUCUCCAUCUC